CACACACACAUUUCACAGUCAGUGUUGGAAUCACUGCAACUAACUUUCACUGGAAGACAACAGUGGCAUUUAAAAGGCAGACUGCAAAGGCAACUAACUCAGGUUGUCACCGCUGAACAAACCGAGGGGCGUCAUGUCAUACGCUGCACUGAUUAAGGAAAAGAAACAAAUGGCAUCAGCCAUUGCACAAGAGGCCCACGGGGAGAUGGAAGAAGUGCCUCACCUGGAUCUGGGGAAGAAGGUCAGUGUUCCUCAGGAUGUGAUGAUGGAAGAACUCUCGCUACUUGCCAACAAAGGCUCAAAGAUGUUCCACAUGCGACAGAAGAGAGUUGAUAAGUUCACAGUGGAAGGGACCCCGGGCACUCAGGUGAAUGUUAAUGGGACAGUCCCUCAGGAGAGGACAAAGGAGAACUACAGAUCAGAAAUCUACAUCACAAAACCUGGCUCGAAAGAGGCUGGACCAGCUGUGGCCCCAAAACCAUUCGGCAAACUGUCUGCAGCUAAGAAUAUCAAGAUCGUUCUGAACCCUGGCAUCCUCGCCCCAGGUUAUUCCGGGCCUUUGAAGGAAAUUCCACCUGAGAAAUUCAACAUCACAGCUGUUCCUAAGUCAUACCAGUCACCCUGGACUGAAGCAUUGAUGGAUCAACCUGAUCUACUGGAAUCCACGAUUAACCAGCUUCCAGAGGCCCCGGUUAAAGCCCAAUCACAGACUUACAGGUGCUUCAACAGAGCUCCCACUCCCUUCGGCGUUCCUGGUAGUCACAGGAGGUUGCUCGAGCCAUCGAGAUUCGAAGCCAUGGAGAUCCAGGAGGAGCCAGAAGUCUCGGUGGAAGUGGAGCGCUUCGCGAACAGACCCAGCUUCAACAGGCUGGCCCGGGGCUGGACCGGAGCCCCGCUCCCUGAAUCCGCAGAUCUGUGAGCAUCCCCAUGAGAGGAACCUGAAGGACACCCCUCAGAAAGUCAGUCAUCCAGAAUGGCAGAUGCAGCGAACAAGACUGCUGCCUCUUGUGAGUUUAGAGCUGAUUUCACCCUCCUCUUCACAGGCCUAGAAAGAAGCUUCUCUUUAAAUCAGUACAACCCCGUGAUGCUUAAACAGGACUGAGUGGAAAGCGCUUUACAGUAUAAUUCGUCAAAGUAACACUGAAGUUGUUAAUCAUAUUAUUAUACAUUAAACAAUAUA